ACAUCACCUGUCAAAGUCAUGGCGCGCAGCAGCUAACCGUCGAGUUUUAUUUUUAUUGUAAUUCGUUAUAAAAUGGAGGAAAUAUACAAAAAAGUUCCGUGCAGAGAGAACCAGUUAAGUGAGCUGUUCAACCUUCUCGGUGACUACGACGAGCCUUUGCCAUGCGCGCUAUUCAUCUCCGGAAGUAUGGCCACAGGAAAGAGUCUGUGCGUGAACACAGCGCUCCGGCAUUUGGGCUAUAAACACAUCAUUAUCAACUGUAUCGAGUGUUAUUCUCCUAAAAUCAUUUACGAGAGCAUCUUAUGUGAACUCAGCGACGACGAGGCGGACACAAAAUGUGAUUCUUUACAGGAACUUGUGAACGGUUUGAAUCGCGUCGGGAAGAAGCAAAAUCGCUAUGAACCGAUCGUAAUAGUGUUUGACAAGGCCGAGAGGCUUCGUACUAUGGACCAGAGCAUAAUGAGCGCGUUCCUUAGACUGCGAGAACUCUGUAACCUCAAUAUUUGUACAAUUUUCAUUUCACAUAUAAUCUACGAGAAUUUCUACUUCAAAAUGGGCGUUCGAGAGCCGAUCACGAUAUAUUUCAACAAUUAUAAUAAAGAAGAACUGUUCAAGAUCAUAUUCCUAUAUCACAAAUCGUUUAUACACCAUCUGUUAACCAGUUACGAUGUGCACAAAGAUGUACAAGUUGAGUUAGAGAAACCGGAGUUAUUUGCGAACUUUCUAAACGCUUUUUUGAGCGUAUUCUACCGACCGUGUCGAGAUCUGAUCGAAUUACAACACAUGGCUCGAGUAAACUUCGUUAAAUACUGUGAACCGAUCAUUAAAACCGAAAUACAAGCUCACGAUCUACCAAAAUUAUGGAGGCAUAUAUCGCCAAUAUUAAAAACUAGUCUAGAAUUGUUGUAUUUACGUAUAAGCUCUACAGCUCCAAGCAUACCUUCCCCAGGGAAAGAAAACAACGACUGGGUGCAAAAGACAUACAAUUUUGAAAACACUUUAAAAGAGGAGCUUACAUCAACAAAAACUUUUGCUCAAAGCUUCGAGCUGCCGUACUACGCUAAAUACCUUCUCAUAGCUGCUUAUCUAGCUAGCUACAACCCUCCGAAAGAAGACAAGCGUCUCUUCAUGAAGAAUCACGGAAAACAAAGAAAAAGAAUGCAGCAAGUGAGAGCGAAAGCAAAAAUUGCAGAAAAACUAAAUACUCAGCUCGGACCGAAGGUGUUUACUUUAGAUAGACUUUUGGCUAUUUUCUAUGCAAUUUUAGAGGAGAAAAUCGGUCUCACCAGUAACUUGCUAGCUCAAAUAGCUACGCUUGUGGAGUUGAAACUGAUUGCCGGCAGUAAAGAGAUAGAUCUUGAUACGGCCAAGUAUAAAUGUAUUGUGGGUUACGACUUUAUUUCAGCCGUGGCCCAAACUGUCGGUUUUAAUGUUAGGAAGUAUUUGUACGAUUUUAUGUAAGGUUAAGGCUGUAUGAAUUAAUAAUUUAUUUUUU